UCAAAGUGAGCCACCACGGCUGGGCCUGGGCGGGUACUAAUGGCGACAGCGCCCGUGGUCGUCGUCGUCCGGCGAUACGGCAAGUCGGCGGCGGUCGUUAGUCUCCUGUCCAAGUCAGCCUCAGCUGGGGAUGGCACUCUGGCCUCACAGCUCCAGCUCCACGCCGGCGUCGCCAAGCGACCUCUCUCCGCCGCCGCUUCCAACUCCCUCCUCUGCUACUUCCUCCGCUCCUCUCGCCUCGACCUCGCGCUCGCCCACCUGCGCUGCCGCUCCACCCCGAGGGACUCUCUCACCUACAAUACCCUCCUCAACCACCUCCCUCCCUCCUCCUCCUCCUCCACCACCUUCCGCCUCUUCCGCUUCGCCAUGCGCGACGCUGCCGCGCGCUUCCGCCCCAACGUGGCCGCUCUCCUCGCCCUACUUCGCGCCUCCUCCUGCGAUUCCGACCACGUCCAGAUGGUGCAUGCCCAUCUUCUCAAGACGGCCGCCUGCAUUCACACGCCUGUCGCCAACUCCCUGCUCGCCACGUACGCAACCUUGGGGGAUUUCACCUCCGCGUCGAUCAUGUUCGGUGAAAUGCCUGCACGGGACGUUGCGUCCUGGACCUCCAUGAUCAGGGCCUGCCUGGGAGCCGGCUACGCCGUUGACGCCCUACGCAUCUUCAGGGAGAUGGUCGCCGACGGCGCGCUACAGGUGGACGGGGUCGUGGCCGUCGUUGUUCUGCGCGCGUGUGCCAUGCUGGAGGAUGUCGCGGUGGGAGCCUCCGUGCACGCCGUCGCGGCGCGCCGGGGCUUGGAACAAGGAGACCUCUUUGUGGCCAACUCGCUUGUUGACAUGUACGCCAAAUGUCUCGAUGUGCGGUCCGCGAGGAAGGUGUUCGAUCCCAUCUCCGUCAAGAACGUGGUGUCCUGGAACACCAUGCUCUCAGGACUCGUGCACGCUGAUUCCUGCCGCGAGGCGCUCCAUCUGCUGGCUUCUUCAACCUUGCAGAUUGGGGUGGGCGACGAGACGACGCUUGUGGUGCUGCUGCAGCUGUGCAAGAAGCUCGGGGGACAGGCCAUGUGGUGCAGGUCGGUCCAUGGCGCGGCCAUCAGGUGGCGGCUCCUGUCGAUGGCUCUGCUGAAUGCAUUGUUGGAUGCCUACGGCAAGUGCGGCCUUAUCGAUGACGUGCUGAGGCUCUUCCAAGGGAUGCGCGACAGGAAUGUCAUAACCUGGAGCACAGUCAUCGCUGCCUGUGCUCACAAUGGCCGGUCGCACGCUGCCGUGGCGUGCUUCGCCGCGAUGCGGGAGUCUGGGGAGCCGCCCAACUCGGUCACCUUGCUGAGCCUUGCGGAGGCGUGCGCCAACUGUGCGGAGAUGAGGGCGUCGAGACGCGCCCAUGGCGUGGCCGUCAGAAGCGGGUUGGGCUUGGAGCUGGCUGUGGGCAACGCGCUGGUCCACAUGUACGGCAAGUGUGGCGACCUUGGGGCGUCGGCGAGGGUGUUCGACACCAUGCCUGCCAAGGACGUGCUUACCUGGAACUCCAUGAUCGGCGCACUGGGAUUGAACGGCCGCGCACUGGACGCCCUCGCGCUCCUCCACAGGAUGGAGGUGGAGGGGGGCGCCAGGCCGAACGGCGUGACGAUGCUGGCCGCGCUGUCGGCAUGCGCUCAUGGAGGGCUGGUUGAGGAGGGGAUUGCCUGCUUGGAAAGCAUGGCGCGGCACAAGCUGCAGCCUCGGGUGGAGCACCUGUCGUGCGUGGUGGACAUGCUGGCGCGCGCGGGGAACCUGGACGGCGCAGCGGAGAUUGUGAGGAGCGCUGGCAGUGGCAGCAGCGCGGCGGCGUGGAGCUCGCUGCUCAGCGCUUGCAGGAGACGCGGGGAUGGCGGCGGCGAGGUCGGGCGGGGCGCGGCGGCCCGCGUGCUGGAGAUGGAGCCGGGCAACUCGGCGGGGUAUUUGCUGUCCAUGGGUUUAGGCAAGGGAUGGGCAGCGGGGAUGCGGUCGGCAAUGAGGGAGAAGGGGGUGAAGGUGGAGAGCGGGCACAGCGUGGUGCACGCCGGCGGCGAAAGCCAGCGGUUCGUUUGGUGGGACGGAGCGCACCCGCGGCGAGGGGAGGUGUACGCCAUGCUUCACCUCCUGCACCGCCACAUGAAGCAGUGCAGUGCAGCCAGCAUAUCCCAUUGACAAGG